GGGUCGCUCUCGCUCGCCCCCUUUCCCGCAGGCCUCCCGUGCGCCUACCCUCCUCCUGGUUCUGGUUGGUGUGGUGGCUGCUGCGCGCAUCAUCGUCAGAGCCUCCCCCUCUCGCCCACCAACCGCACGACCACAGGAGCGCGCGACGCAGAGAGAGAUUUGAUUCAGAGACAAGAGAAUGGCGGCGCCGUCGUCCCUCGCCUCCUCCCGCCUCGCCGCCGCCGCCCCGGCCCCGCAGCACCACCACCACCAGAACCACCAGCUCCGCCUCGGCUGCUCCCGCCGCCGCGCGCAGCGCCUCGUCGCCAUGGCCGGAUCCGGAAAGUUCUUCGUCGGAGGCAACUGGAAGUGCAAUGGAACAAAGGAAUCCAUUAGCAAGCUUGUCUCUGAUUUGAAUGCUGCCACACUCGAAAGCGAUGUAGAUGUUGUCGUAGCACCGCCAUUCAUCUAUAUCGACCAGGUGAAGAGUUCACUAACUGACCGUAUUGAGGUGUCUGCUCAAAACACAUGGAUUGGAAAAGGAGGAGCUUUCACUGGAGAGAUCAGUGCGGAGCAGUUGGUGGACAUUGGCUGCCAAUGGGUUAUUCUUGGUCACUCUGAGCGCAGACAUGUUAUCGGUGAAGAUGAUCAGUUUAUUGGGAAGAAGGCUGCAUAUGCCUUGAGUCAAAAUCUUAAGGUUAUGGCAUGCAUAGGAGAACUGUUGGAAGAGAGGGAAGCUGGGAAAACUUUCGAUGUCUGUUUUAAGCAGAUGAAGGCUUUUGCAGAUAAUAUUACAGACUGGAAAAAUGUUGUGAUUGCGUACGAGCCUGUGUGGGCUAUUGGAACUGGAAAGGUUGCUUCUCCAGAGCAAGCUCAAGAAGUUCAUGCCGCUGUCCGUGAUUGGUUAAAAACCAAUGUAUCAGCUGAUGUUGCUUCUACCGUUAGAAUUAUCUACGGAGGUUCCGUAAAUGCAGCAAACUGUGCUGAGCUAGCAAAGAAGGAAGAUAUUGAUGGCUUCCUUGUCGGCGGUGCCUCUUUGAAGGGUCCGGACUUUGCCACCAUCUGCAACUCAGUAACGUCGAAGAAAGUUACAGCCUGAUGUGAGAUCACCACCUCCAUGGUAGAAAUAAGUGAUGAGAAAGAGAGGCAGCCUGGCCACCGCGUCGAAAAUGCGUGAGAUAGGUGCUCCAUGUGAACCGUGAAUCGUGAUCUGGUUUUGCUGAUUCGUAGAACGAAGAAAUACAAAUAAUACGACGUGGCGCCAUUUUGCUUCUCAUGGAAUUUCUGUACGAAACGGGAGUUUUCUUCUUUGUACGUGACAGGAAUGGGAGUGGUCACACUCACACCUGAAUUGAAGUGUGCUCAUGCUUGUUGUUC